AUGGCGUCUUCAAAUUCAAUUCGCCAGUUUUUUGUUUGGGUUAGCAAAAGUAUAGGUAUCUUUCAGUAUAUUUCCUUGGCAUUGUUAGCGGCUUACUAUGCUUACCCCAUUUGGUUUGGGGUCUUUUCUGCUUUUGGAUUUGGGUCGUCCGAAUUGAAUAGUUCAUUCACGAUUAUGGGGGUUGCUGACCCACAAAUUGAAGGUAAUCAUAAGAUUGAGGCCAAUGGAUUUUUUAAAGGUACCCUUGAUGUUUUUGGGAACGAUUUGUAUUUGCGACACUUGGUUCAAAUAAACAAGUUUUGGGGGAAACCCGAAGCUAUGGUCCUUUUGGGUGAUCUUGUGAGUUUUCAGAACCUAGACGUCGAUGAGUUUAAAAUUCGUGUUGAAAGACUAAAACGGAUUACAGGGGCGGCGACCUUCAAUAUUACAGAAACAGCCGCGUCGUCUCCUCAAGUCAAUGAAAUUCCGGUGUGGACGAUUCCAGGAAAUCAUGACAUUGGUUAUGGUAAUGAUUUAUCUGAAUUACAGACCGAAAAAUGGACUUCUUCCUUUGGGCCAUUAAAUUGGGUUACGGAAGCUUCUGUUGCUGGCCACCCCGUACGCAUUCUCGGUAUAAAUAGUUUAGCUUUAGAUGACGUUCAGUUUUACCCAGAGAUGGCCUCGAAAUUCCAGUCUUGCGAUAGUCUUUCUUGUUCUGGGAUCCUUCCUCUAACAAGGGAAGCCGUUGAUGUAUGGACGUUUCUUUAUGAACAAGCCGCGCAGCCAGAGAUCCCUACCAUUGUUUUCACCCAUAUUCCAUUUUACAAGCCUGAGCACGCUUGUGUUGAUAACCCUUUUAUCUCUCGUUCUGAAAGCCAUCGAGUCCUGUUGCAAAAUCACAUUUCAUACGAGGCAACCCAACAGGUUUUUCAUUUAUUGCCUGGUAUCGCCUUGAUCCUUUCAGGCCACGAUCAUAUGGGGUGCGACUAUCAUUACCCGAAUGGAGUCAUUGAGCACACUUUACCAAGUGUUAUGGGAUAUUUUGGAGGAAAUAUCGGUUUCGUGGAAUUGACCUUGAGAGAUAUCCCUUCCACAUUCCGCAGAAACCUGCAAUCCAAGUUCCAUCAUUACCUUUCAUUUCUACCCUUUUCUGCCAAAGAUUACGUGUUCAGUGAAACGAAAGCAUUUGGGCCUUUUUUGGAUAUGACCUUUACUCGCACCUUUGCAGGCCCUUCCUACAUUUGGUGGGCGCUUCAUAUCUUCACUUGCGUUCUUACUGUUUUACGUCUUUUAUUAAUAUCCUUCAUCUAA